AUUUUAGGCCUAGAAAUAGGCGCACGCAAGGACAAGCAAUCGAUUAGGAUCAACCGUGCGUGUUGGUGGACACCUUGGCUCUCUCUUGGGUCGCUUGCUCAGCGACGACGACGCGUUAGAACAACCAACCACCGGAAUGCCACGUAAUGGUACCGGUCAACCAAUGAUUGCAGUGAUUUCUGCCCCGAAAACGCGAUGAUUAUCUUUCCGCAGACCACGUACGACCAUCCGGCUUAGAAUACGCUUCCACAAAGAGUUGCCGGAACACAGGUCCCACUCAUCUGUCCCGGGUUGUUUCGACCGAACCGAGCCGAGAAUCUCUUCGCCGAGGAAGGCUACAGAAAACCGACAGAAAGAAAAUUGAGCCACAACCGUGAAUCCAAAAUCUAGAAAAUGUUACCACAUCCCCAUCCCGCGUGCUGGCUCAUCUGGUCCGGAUUGUGGUCGUUUGUGGCGGCAACAAAUGGAGAGUUGCAUAAUGUAGUGUACGCCAUCAACGCUGGCGGAGAGGCACACAUCGACUCGUACGGGAUUCAUUAUGCCCGCGAUCCCCUGAUGGGAAAGAUUGGCACCGAGUCGGAUUACGGUCGACAGUUGCUGGCGAUAAAUCGCGUGAAACCGAACGACGAGAUACUGUAUCAAACGGAACGCUACCAUCACGAUACGUUCGGCUACGACCUACCGCUGGCCGGCGAUGGCGAGUACGUGCUGAUCCUCAAGUUCUGCGAAGUGUACUUCAACGGUCCGAACAUGAAGGUGUUCGAUGUGCUGCUCAAUCGCCACACGAUUGUGUCCGAUUUGGACAUCUUUGCGCUCGUGGGAAAGGGAACCGCCCACGAUGAGUACGUGUUCUUUUCCGUGUCCCGCGGACGGUUGUACUACAAGGAAGAGAACUCGGAGGUCCGUGGCGGCAAAGUGAAGCUCGAGUUUCUGAAGGGCUACAAGGACAACCCGAAAGUGAACGCGAUCGUGCUCAUCAAGAGCUACGACGAGGCCAGUCUUCCACGGUUGGGGCCAAUCCGAAGUGAACCCGGCCACGGUUCGCCCGCCUCCACGGGGUCACCGUCCAAGGCGUACCCGGGCCCGCUCGAUGACGGGUUCCAGGAGGCAGCGGAAGACAGCAUUAUGGACGAUUUCUUCACCGGGCCAUCGCCCUCGAGCGAGUCGGUGCAGCAGUCGCCGCCGAAGCAGCGCAAAACGAGUGGCCCCAAACAGCCGAACCCUUACUCGCUGGACGAGUCGUCCAUGAUGCUGCCCGUGUUCAUCGCAAUCGGAGCCUUCAUUCCGCUGCUGUUCUGUUUGUGUAGGCUGUGAGAUUUGGGUGUUUGGCGCGUUUUCGUGGAUUACUUUGUUACAAAAUCCCAUACCCGGCAGCCCGUCACAGUUACGCUUUGUGAUGUCGUGUUCCGUGGCGUAUAAUGGUUCCUUAGGUAUAACACACACUUUUAUCUAGUACGUUUGUUGGUUUUAAGGUAUUUUAAACGAUCGACAACGAUCGUCCGCGCCGUGCGUUUAUCGAGUGCACCAGGCUAAUGGCUAUAUCAAAAUCCCUGUUCCGGGAGUAGGUUUACUGAUUAGUGAAUUUUUCAAAACGAUGCAAUUCGACGCUCAAAACUAUACACACUUACACCUAACUCUACAUUCCUUAUGGCGUAAAGCCAGCGGGGCGAUACUUAACAUAAAUCGGUAUUAUCACGGUAGAUAACUAAAUGGUAUGGUUUCGUUUGUCUUGGACCAUAUUUCGUGGUUGAAUAUCGUCUCAGUUAUAACAAAUACUUAAGCUUAAGUUGACGAUUGAUCCUUGUUCGUUUGAUCACUUUUGGAAAUGGUUUUUUUCGGAUACUUUUUCAUUAAAAGGCACCAGUACCGGGAAAGCACCAGUACUACGGCUUUAAGUUUAGGUUGUCAGAACAUGAUCUCGUGCCGAAGUAAACGCUAAUGAAACCCCAAAUGGCAUGACGGCUGAUGGAGGCUACAGCUAGUAAGUAGUACAGAAUACUAGGGGGAAAAGUCACUAGUUAAUAAUAGAGUUGAUUGCACAAAUAGCGCACAAAGAAUGGUAGCCAACAACUGAUCAAAGAGGAGAAGAUAAAUGAUGCUAGCAAACUGUCUGGCGGUGAUGGACUAUAUUAAUUUUAUUUCGCAACAUAAGUUCUACAUAUAGUGUAUGUGUGAAUGCGGCAGUACAGUUUUUGAAUAAAUUAUGAGUUAUUUUUUCUCC